GAAUGCACACUGCUUCUACAAACAAUUUGUGAAAGAAUGGAUCGUUCUCAGGAGCUCAGUGAGUUCAAGCGUGGUACCGUGAUAGGUUGUCACCUGUGCAAUAUGUCCAUCCGUGAAAUUUCCUUGCUACCAAAUAUUCCACGGUCAACUGUUAGUGGUAUUAUACCAAAGUGGAAGCAACUGGGAACAACAGCAACCCAGCCACGAAGUGGUAGGCCACAUAAAAUUACAGAGCGGGGUCAGCUCUCCAAAUUUGGUCAGAUCUCCAAAUGUCGUGUGGCCUUCAGAUUAGCACAACAGUGAGUAAAGAGCUUCAUGGAAUGGUUUCCCAUGGCCGACUACCUUCAUCCAAGUCUUACAUCACCAAGAUGUAGUGGUGUAAAGCACGCCACUACUGGACUCCAGAGCACUGGAGAUGUGUUCUCUGGAGUGACGAACCACACUUCUCUAGUGGUACUUGCCUGAUUGCACUGUGCCAAGUGUAAAGUUU